CUCUGCUCCUGCCAGGCUCCCUUCGACUUUUAGUCUUCCUUAAUUCAGAGCAGCUCUACCCUCCCGUUUAUUCAACCAAUUUCUAAAUAUGAAGCAGCAGGUCUGGAUCCUUUUCUUUCUAGCAGUCCCACUCUGCUCAUCUGUCCCAGUCUAUAAUGCAGAAGUCAAUGGAGACGUUACCCUUUCCCCUGUUGGAAUCAGUAGUGUCAGAAGCGUGGUGUGGAAAUUUGGGAAUAAUAAGGUUGCUGAAUUUGAUCCAAGCUUCAGCAAAGAGGUAAAGAUAUUCGGUAAUUACCAGGGACGAACAACCUUGGACAAGGAAACUGGCAAGAUUACAAUAUCAAAGUUGAGUCUCAAGGAUAAUGGGACGUUCUCAGUUGAGGUCGACAGUGUGUUGACGUCGGGUUGGUACCGUCUCGAAGUUUUCGAGGCAGUGAAGACUGUAGAGAUAACGAGGGAUGACACUGAUAAGAAGCUGUGUAAACUGCUCUGCAAAGCUGAAAAUGCCUUGAACCUUGAAUGGUCUGCAAGUCACAGUGAAAACUUCAACUCGACAGGAUCCCACCUGACUGUCAGAAAGAGUGACCUGUCCCACUCUUACACUUGUAAUGCAAGUAACCCAGUGAGUAGGAUGACUACUACAGUAAAGGCAAAAGACAUUUGUCAAGAUCCCAUCGAUUGGGGCCCAAUUGUUGGGGGGAUACUUGGAGUUCUUGCCGUAAUCGGAGCAGGAGCUGCAGGAGGAGUGCUCCUAUAUCAAAGCAGGGCGGACGCUCAAAAUGAUGAAUCGAAAAAGGAUUGCUGAGCAAACAAACAGAUUGAGUUGUGAAUGAGUUUGGAUUUUUCAUCUUCUCUCACUGGAUUCCUUCAAAACUACGAAGAGAUUCAUUUGACGAUUUCCUCCUCACACAGAUGGUUAAUUUACUGAACGACCACUGGAAAACGGCAGACUGCCGUGCCUCUCGUCAGCUUUUAGUAUUGUAAAGCUUGGUACGCUUUUAGCUUGUCCAUUCUAUCGGAUCUUUGUUUGUUUUAGUUUUUUUGUUGUGGGGAAAUUUCUAAGAAAAUUCAAUUUUUUUCUCAGAAUGUGUGUGAACCUGUAAGUGCAAUGCAGCUAAAAUCGAUUUGGAUACUAUGAAGACAACACAUGGUUUUGUAACACUAAUACCAUGUGUUGUCUUCAUAGUAUCCAAAUAGAUUUUAGCUGCAUUGCACUUACAGUAAAUGAGACUAGAGUGGCCUUAUAGAGAUCUGAACACGGCCAAUUCACCAGACCCUUCAUCAGAGAAGGGAAGGAGUCCGUUGAUAGUCUGAAUGAUGAGUGGGUUAAAUCUUUCAUGCACUUGCUACAGUUUUAGGACUUAUAUUAUAAAAAAAAUAUAGAAAAUGUGUAUAAUAUAAGGGACCCUCUGUAAUGAGACAAACAAUGUCUGUAUGUCUAUCUCUCUUUUUUUUGUGUGUGUGUGUGUGUGUGUGUGUUGAUUAAGAUGAAGGUUUUAAUUAAUUUCAUAAUUGUUUUUAAGUUUGAGUCUUAUGGCAAAAGCUGUUAGCUGUUAAGAUGCAUGUUGCUGCAUAAAUCUGUUAAAUUCCAAACAUGUUUUACAGACGCUCAAUUAAAAGCUGAUUUUAGUAUGCCUA